GUGCCCAAGAACCUGGUUAACACCUGUCGGUUGCGUUCACGCGUUUGUUUCUGCGAGAUAACCUGUAGGUAACUGUGUUGUAGUACAAAAACUGCCUAGCUUUUAAAAUGAGAAAUUCGUUUUUGUUAUGCUAAAAAAAUCUAGUGUGUUUCUAGCGUAAUAAGUCGCGAGUGAAUAAUAGAAAGUGUCCGAGAAGAUUUUACCAGGAAAUCAAGUGGAAUUUCAAAGGAUACCGAUAACACGGUAGCAAAGAUUCUCUCCACGAGUAAAAUAAAAACAAUAUAACAAAUAAAUCGAAGAAUGGAUCUAAUUUGGAAAAUAGGUCAGCUUUAUUUCUUCAGUUGACACUCAUUCGUUUCCAGUUUAGAGCAAAAGCUACAUAUCAUAUCUUAUCAAUAACUGCAACGCUAUGAUUUCCUUAAGCAUCAUCUAAUAGCAGGAAGACAAGCAGAAUAGAGAAGGUUGACAGAUGAGUUCUCAAGAAAAUGUCUGGUAUUUGGACAGCUGUGGGUCAAGUGGCGAAUUUCGCAAUUGGAUUGGGAGGAAAUCCUCUAGCAAUAGCAGGACUGGUCCCAAUAUUUGCAAUGGCUUUAACGUAUUUACGGUAUUCGGCUGUUGAUCCAGAAAACCAUCCUAUUAAUGUUAAUACAGUUAAUGCCGUGUAUGAUUUUGUGAUAGUUGGGGGUGGAUCGGCGGGGGCGGUGGUGGCUUCUCGACUUUCGGAAAUUUCCAACUGGACUGUGCUUCUUCUGGAAGCAGGUGGCGAUGAGAAUGAAAUUUCUGACAUCCCGGCUCUGUCCGGUUACAUGCAAAAAUCAGAAAUGGAUUGGAUGUACCAGACAACACCACCUGGUGAUUCCCCUUACUGUUUGGCAAUGGUGGGUGACAGGUGUAACUGGCCCAGAGGGAAGGUUUUGGGUGGUUCCAGUGUCCUUAACGCCAUGAUAUACGUCCGCGGUAAUAAACUCGACUAUGACCAAUGGGAGGCUCAGGGUAAUCCCGGUUGGAGUUGGAAAGAUGUCCUUCCGUAUUUUCUCAAAUCAGAAGAUAACAGAAACCCUUAUUUAACUCGGACAAAGUAUCAUAAAGCGGGAGGUUAUUUGACAGUUCAAGAAGCUCCGUGGCGAACACCCCUAGCAUUAUCAUUUCUCCAAGCGGGCAGAGAAUUAGGAUACGAAGUGAGAGAUAUAAAUGGGGAAAAGCAAACGGGUUUCAUGAUAACCCAAGGAACUGUACGAAGGGGAUCGAGAUGUUCCACCGCUAAAGCCUUUUUAAGACCUGUCCGUCUUCGCCGUAACCUUCAUGUGGCCAUGCAAGCGCAAGUUCACCAGGUUAUGAUAGAUUCCAACACCAAAACAGCGUUCGGAGUGAAAUUCGAAAGAAACAACCGAAUGCACAUGGUAUUAGCAAAGAGGGAAGUAAUUUUAUCGGCAGGUGCGUUGUGCAGUCCUCAGCUGCUCAUGCUCUCCGGAGUAGGACCUCGUGAACACCUCGCGUCGUUUGGCAUACCAGUUUUGAGCGAUCUGAAGGUUGGCCACAACUUACAGGAUCACGUGGGCUUGGGAGGGUUGACGUUCAUUAUAGACGACCCUAUCACCUUUACCAAAGACCGAUACCAAAACUUCGGAGUCGCCAUGGAGUACAUCCUAAACGAACGCGGGCCGUUAACUUCCCUGGGCGUGGAAGGACUUGCAUUCGUAAACACGAAAUAUGCACCACCGCACGGAUUAUGGCCCGAUAUGCAGUUUCACUUCGCUCCCAGCAGUGUUAACUCAGAUGGCGAACAAGUGAAAAAAAUCACGGGGUUAAGAGACAGCGUUUUCAAUACGGUUUAUAAACCUCUGAAGAAUGCGGAUACAUGGACCAUUCUUCCGCUUCUGCUGCGCCCUAAAAGUACAGGCUGGGUCAGGUUGAGAUCUCGCAACCCGAAAGUAUAUCCGGAUAUAAUUCCCAACUAUUUUACUCACAAAAUCGACGUUCAAACUUUGAUCGAAGGAAUCAGGAUCGCUCUGAAUGUAUCAAACACACGAACGUUUCAAAGGUUCAAUUCCAGACCUCACCGAAUACCUUUUCCCGGCUGUAGACAGUAUGCGUUUGACACUGACGAAUAUUGGGAGUGUAGUUUGCGUCACUUCACUUUCACUAUAUAUCAUCCGACAUCUACGUGUAAAAUGGGACCACCGACGGAUCCUGAUGCUGUAGUUGAUCACCGAUUAAAGGUUUACGGGAUCAAGGGAUUGCGAGUUGUUGAUGCCUCGAUUAUGCCCAACAUUGUUAGUGGAAAUACCAAUGCUCCGGCUAUAAUGAUUGGAGAAAAGGGAGCUGAUAUGAUAAAAGAGGACUGGCUGGGACAAAAGAAUGCUGGAUAGAAAAUGAAUAAUGAACAGUUAUAUAGAGAACAAUAGUCGUGGGGUGGAUUUCUUCUGUGGUCGUUUGCCUCCCAAAGGCUUUUUUUUUGAAGGACCUAUAGAACUAAUGUAACGCAUUUAAGGGGAGGUACAUUUUCAUGAAAACUUUUAAUGCAAGUGAUAUGACGACCAGUGUUAUUAAAAUUUGUAGACAUAAAGAACAUUCAGUCAGCAAUUGUAUCAAUACGUAAAUCCCGUUUCGAACUAAUUAGUUCUCAUCAGCACGCCGUGGGCAGUUUUGAUAAAACGCGGCAUCUAAGAAAAGCCUAAACCUCCUUAAACACAAAUACAUUAACUUUUUACUUUUGUUAUUUAUGUUUAUAGUAAAUACAAACUAUAGCUGUAUGAAAAAAAAUUCUAAUUUCUCUAAAUAUUAGAUGGGUACGUAACGUGCGCCCUCUUUUACUGCUCUAAAGCCCCCCUACUAACCACGUAUCGCCCCCACAAAAGAUCCAGUGCCGACUGGGGGGUGGUACCACUUCCGUUAGGAAUCUAUGAAAUAAACGAAUGUCUACUUUGGGAAAGAAUUGAAAGUUGGUAAUCAAAUUUAACAAAAUUAAUUGUUUUUAGAAACUGUUCAAUUAAAAUAAUGUAAAUAUAAAUGUACCUUCUGUAUGUGACAUAUGACUAGUCAAUAUACGUAAAAUAUUUUUUAUUUAAACAAAUGUUGUUAAUGUUAAA